AUGGAGGCUCCACCACUUCCACCAGCGUCUCCGACCGCCUGGAUCGUCUCUGAACUGUCGCUCGUGCAGCCCGAGAGUCCGUCGCAGCCCCAGAGCGACAGCUUUGCCGAGUCGCAGCAAUGCAGCGCAGACCCCAGUGCGUUUCCUGGCUACCUCGUGUCUCCAAGCAUCAACGAGGACGCGGCUCGGAGCGCCACUCCCGAGCCAACGAAGCAGAAGAGCCGCUGGAGGAACUUUGUGCUGGACAUGGACGCGACGAGUGGCGGCGGCCGCUCUGCCCGUGGCUCAGCGACUUUCGACGCUCUCAGUGACGAUCUAUUUGCGGCAGAUACGCAAGUGGACGAGGACCUGGUGACAGUCUCUGUGGCAGUGGCUGGAGACGAGGAGCAGAGGGUGCCGAGUGAUGAUCGCGGGAACGAAGGGGUGUGUGUGACGUGCACGAAAGACCGGAGAUCUGUGGUGUCCCCACUGGUUUCUAUGGAGGUUGCAACCUCGCAAGCUGAAAAUCAAAAGUCUGAGGACAGUGAUGAAAAGAAGGAGAAGGAGAUGGAAUGGAGUCGAGAACAGAAGAAGCAGCGUGACGCUGAUGACUCGAUUCGGGCGUGCUCAGAGGCUAGCGAGCAUUUAUCACCAGAGACGGUCUUUGAGACUGCGCUCGCGUCGAGUAACGAUGAUGCGGUGUGCGUGUUGGGGAAGAACGUGGUCGUGUGUAGCGAUAUGGAGCAAUGUGAAGAGAGUAGUGUCGAUCGAGGGAGUGAGCGAGAGACGGAUUGCGACGAUGAGGUGGAGUGCACCCAGAGGCUAGAAGAGAGUGAGGCCGAUGCAGAUGACUAUGACGACGAAGAGGCAUUGUCCUAUGGCGCAAAAUCCGUAUCUUACGAGAAAGCACUGCUCGAAAAGACAAGCGACGAACGAAGAGUAGAGGCGAAUUGUAGCCACAGCCAAGAACACUUCGCCGCUGGACGUACGCUUGAUCGAAAUUCAGGCCAGCAAAGUGGUGACGAUAAGGUGACGAGUCGAGAAAGUUUGCAAGCUAUGCAGCAGGAAUGCUUAACGUUAGCCGUCAACUCUCGUCAAUCUGAGCCAUACGAUGUGUUGAUCGCUGCCGCCGCUGCGUGUGGCGAAGUGGAGCUAGCGCCAAAGCCGCUUGUAGGCGGGGAUGACGAAGACGAGUGUUUGCCUACGCAGCCCAGCAAUAUUCGAACAGAUGGUGAGCCCAUGAUCGAACCUUCCUACCACAAUAUGGAGGAGGUUGAUGCGCCAGCGACAGGAGAGCAUAUUGCCGGGUCCGACUAUCACGCCAAAGCUAUUCGUAGCCUUCAGUUCUCUGGUUCCAUGCCUGAUUCACAAGAAGACGAGCCUGAUUCGAGAGCAAGUCUCUGUAGUGAAGGUACGCUUGCAGCUACGAGGUUUGAAACCUUAUCUGGAAGUGACGAGCCCUACGUCUAUCAGUCGUCCGCCAGUCCGCCGUGUCUGCCACUGUCUAAGUCCACGCCAACGUCUACACCGACUCGGUUAGACGAUAUUACCCCUGAAGAUGUUGUCGCUAGUCGAGCGCAGCUGAAGGGCAUGUCCCCGUCGACUUCCGGUAUGUCUGUUGGCACAAGAAAACAGGACCUUGUGGCUCAAGUUGAUUGUCCGAGCCAAAACACGUCCACCCCAGUGACAAAGAAACGAAAGCGUGGCUUUCUCUCUUCUCCUGAUAAUGUGUCGUUGACAGAGUAUAAUUGCAGCAACCCGUUGACUCCACGGCCUCCAACACGACGUAGUACUCGAUCCGCUCAGUCAACACCUUCGUCGACUCCGAAAGUCCGAACACGAACACGAGUUUUAUCGCCAGUGCCCUCUCAACGUGCAUAUGUAUCAAGAUCUCGAACGCUCUUCAAGUACAAGUUUGAGUUUUGUUUGACGGGCUUCGUGAAGAGUGGUGAAGAGAAUUUGAAAGAGCUGAUUGAAGGACAUGGGGGUAAAAUUCCAGAGCGGUAUCAGGACGUUUUGUACAAAGGCAACCUAAAGGCGGUGGUGAUCGCUACACCUGUAUCGUGGCGUAAGCGCAAGUUUAUGCAAGCUGUUGCCUGCGGGAUCCCUGUUGUCCAUACUGAUUGGAUCAAGGAUUGUAUCGAGGAAGGGGGCGUGAUACCGUUCGAUGGGUACCAAGUUCCGACAGGCUAUUCUGUGACCACUCGGAAAUUCGAGUGUUUGCCCCCUAGACACCUCGAGAUUUUUGCAGGCUAUACUUUUGGUAUCGCAAGUGAUGUUACACAUCUCUGUAAACUGGAAACAAAGGACAAGAUGAAUCUCAUUGCAUUUAUAUUGAAGGCUUGCGGUGCAAAAGCUGUCCACGAGAAUUUAUCUACCAAGGAUAACAGUGACGUAGAUGUGGUAUUAUGCGACGAGUAUACGCCGACGUGUCGAUAUUAUAAGAAAACCAAAGACGUCCCCGUCAAAGGAUUUCAGUGGGUGACUGAGUGCGUGAUUCUUCAGCGACUUUUGGACCCAAGAGAACCCGUCUUUGAACCACUGCGCAUUGGUAGAGGAGAGUUGCUUGCCGCAAGCACCGAGAUUGGCGACAGUGACAACACGACACUGAAGUUGUACACGGGGGAGAUGGUAUUGGCGGAUAUUGCGAGCAGCACCGCCGAUCACUACCUCCUUUUUUCGGUCUGCGAAAUUCUCAGCAUCUACGUAAUCGAUCGUAACGAUGCAGGCUCGCAGUCGAAGCGGAAGGAUUGCAAUGAAGGUCGCGUCAUGCUCCGCGUGGGCAUGCUCAAACGUGAACCGUACGACCCUGAGCUUUCAAAGACUCCCGUAAAAGUAAUUGAUAUUGCAUCGUCUCAGGUAAAGAGGAGGGUGGUGGCGAUAUCAAAGGAGCAUUAUGGCCAGCUGAAGUACAAAGAUGAGAGUGUUUUUUACCUGGAAAACGAAGCAAGUCCAACAAGUUCGCCGUGCCGGAGUGCAAGUAGCUAA